AUGGUUUCCUUGGCUUUGGCUUCUUCGUUGAUGUGUCUGGCGAGAAGCUUUGUGAAAGAACUUGUGAGAAAGGAGACAGUGGAGCGCGUUGCUCCGGCUGAGGAAGAGCUACCAGAACUCUGGUACUCGCCUUACGGAGAGAAGACCCACACCUCAGGAAGAUGUCAUGGCCUCAGGAACGCAACCAGUGUACACCGAGUACUACCAUGCAAGUACUGCUGCCCUGGUGGACUUCGAUCCCGAGAACAACGCACCUUCGAGUACAAGAGAACCUUUCUGGAAGCAGCAGGAAAGUACCUUUGGCUAAAAGUCUUUAUGGUUGUGGUUCUCAUGGGCAUGUCAUGGUUCAUGCUGUUUGAAGUGAACGAGACCUACGGCUACCCGUUGGCCAUGAACCGCAUGCUGAACUACAGGAACAAGGUCCUCAGCCUCGACAACAAGAACCCCAAGAAGAAGCAUGUGAUAAAGGAGAUUACCCCAGCGGAUGCUGUACCUGCCGGGAAGAGCCAAGAAGGUGAUGUCGCGGAGUAUAACGAGAACCUAAAGAACGAAGAAGUGCCCCACGUGAACUACUACAAGAACCUUGUGUUUGAGUUGGUUUUGGAGUUUCAAGAGAAGUUGCACAGGUCAGUUUGCAGCGUUCUUUUCAAGAAGCGCGCUCUCAACAACGACAUCCUUGAGAAGAUCAACGCAGUCGAGAUGAUCGCGAUGUACCACAUGGACAACGAUCCCGUCACGUACCCUGAAGUUUUUGAACUCGACGAAGACGAAGAAAAGCUCGAGAUCGAGUACUUUGCAAGAGUCUUGAGAGUGACGGAAAGUGAUCUUCACCAAAGAAUCGAAGUUAUCCUGGAUUCUGGCGCAGACGACGCACAAGGAAAGGCAAUAAAGACGGAAGGCAGAAGGAUGCUGAACUUAACGUUCUUUGAUGACGACGGAAGCUUUUGUCGCAUCCAGGAAGCCUUCACCGUUGCCUCGGUGAUCAACCCGCUGAUGGCCAUAGGCAAGCUGUUUCGAGAAGGCUGGGAGUUGCGAGUGAACGAAGAAGAAGGUAUGUGUCUUACAGAUGGAAGCUCAAGAAUACCAGUGCAUCUCCACAAGAACAGCUUGGAUGCCUACGCUUACGUACAAACUCCUGAAAGAAGCAGAAGUUACAGCAGCAACAACUACAAGAUGGUUCGGACAGUUGUUCAGCUCAACAAGCACGUUCAAGAAGCAGUGAACAGAGAAGAACCUGGUUGGCACAACAGAGACAGCAUGGUGAUCGUGAAGUACGCCACUCAAAGCAGCUACGAGAACCCAUCUCUCAUGUAUAGCCCUACGCACUUUCCGUACAGAAGCACUUUGGUGAAAGAAGAGAGAGGAUGGAGAGCAGUUGAAGUUUCAAAGAAGUACUCCGAGAAGGCAGACCCUUUUGAAGAGUUUGCAGAAGGAGAAAAGGAAGUGGUUACAGCCAUUUCAGCAAAGCCAAUUCCACUUUGGAUCCUUGGCACCCCUUACGCAGCUGGAGAUCGAGCAGAGCAAGAAAGUCAUGGUCGUGACUACUGGAAAAUGGACCUCGAGAAGGGUAUACCCAAGGAGACUGCAUCUACAGUACGGAGAUCUACGAACACAGCGACGACUGGAGAGCAGACCGCCUACCUCUACGUGAACACUUUCGUUUGCCGUGGUUUGGUCAAACAAGGUUCCGUGUGA